AUGAAUAAUUUUCCGCAGAAGGAAGUCAAAGCUAUGGGUGGGAGGGUGAGAUGAUUUAAACUCUGCUAGAUCACCAUAAUCUUUUCAUCAGCAGAGCCAGAAGUUGGUGGUGAAGUUUGAUUUGAGAAUCAUGUCGCAGAACAGUUUGAAUGACAACUGCACCGAUGUGGAUAAUCUCAUAAAGCGCUACUAUCUGUCUUUCAUGUACAGCGUCAUUUUUAUCGUGGGUACGGUGGGGAACAUCUCAGCUCUGGUGGUGUACGUGUUUAAAGUACAGCCUUGGACCAACACGACCAUCAUCAUGGUAAAUCUUCUCGUCAGUGACCUGCUACUCAUGUCCUCCCUGCCUUUCUUAGUUUACUACUAUAACAACAAUGACACCUGGACGCUGGGACUUGAUAUGUGUCGCUUCACACGCUUCAUCUUUCAUUUAAACUUAUACGGCAGCAUCCUCUUCCUCACCUGUCUGUCCUUCUUCCGCUACGUUGGAGUCGUUCAUCCGUCGAAGAAGGGGAAAAUGAAGAAGAUGCGCUGGGGUGUGCUGGCCUGUGUGUUGGUCUGGGUUGUUGUAGUGGCCAUGAUAUCUCCACUCUUAAAUAACUUUGAAUUAAAACUUGAAAACAACAAAACCGUAUGUCCGGACCUCGCCAGCACUAACAAAGACUUCAUCUGGCCGUAUAGCUGGGUGCUGACUGUAGUGGGAUAUCUAUCGCCUCUAAUCGUGGUUUGUUUGUGUUACUGGCGUAUCAUGAGAAAGUUAGGGAAGGGUCCUCACACAAAGAGCAAGGUACGAAUGAAGGCAAGAAGAGUUAUUGUCCUGAUAUUGACUUGCUUUAUUGUGUGUUACUUGCCUUAUCACGUACUACGAGCUUUGAGAAUUUACACAAGGAUCAUGCCGAAUGUCACCUGCAUGUUGGACCACGGUGCACAUGCUGUAUAUGCAUUAUCAAGACCAAUCGCUGUUCUUAACACAGUUUUUAACAUGAUGCUGUACACAUUGUCUGGGGAUUCCUUUAAACAGGCCUUCAUGGAUUUCUUUAGGUGUAAACAGCUUACGGAAAAGAAUAAAGAGAUCAGUAAGGUCACUGAUAUCAGCAAACCCUCAUCCGACUUACAGUAGUGUACACUGUUUUUUCAAAUCAACAUAUAUAUUUUUAUGUUACUUUAGCUUAAAAAAAUAAGUUGAACAAUUUCAAAUGAAUUUAUAAGUUAUGUCAACAAAAGCCAAAACUUAAUAAUUUUGCUCAUCAAGAAAAUGCAUCUUAAUUUAAGAAUGUUUUGAUAUUUGUACUGAAAACAAGACAAAAAUACUAAGUAAGAAUGUCAAUUUUUGCAGUGUUUAAGUUUUGAAUUGUGAUAAGUUGACAUAACUUAUAAAAACAAGUUUAAAUUGAUUAACUUAUAUUUUUAUGUUACCUUAACUUAAUAAAUUAUGUUGAUUAGACAUCAUUUUUACAGCCUAUGCUAACGUACAUGCGUAUACACUGUGCUAUUUUAAAUAGUCCUUUAGGUUUGUUGCUUGCCACACUGUGUGAACAAGAUUGUAGUUAAGUCCAUGUCACACUGUAUGAUCUCAGUUUCAAUGUCACACUGUGCAAGUUUAAAGACAUUUAAAAAUCGGACGCAUGCAAACAAACGUGUCGGUAGUUUUACGUUAUCGAUUGGUGAUGGCUGGGCGAACACAUGCUGAAGCAAGGUUAGCAAACCGAAACAACAUCUAGCGUUGGUUUGUUGUUGUCGCACUAUUUGUUCUUGAUCUGCCGGUUGUUGUAGGGAGAUGUCACUAAAUUUGUGUCUCUAAAUUUCUGAUUGCAAUGGUCAUUAAUUGGCUGUCUGUGAACAUGGCAAACUAGCGAUCAAAGACAGCAGAUUAUUGCAUAGGAAUCCAGGAAUCUUUUAGGAUUUCAAAAUUUGUCCCAGACAGCUAAAUCAUGGCUGAAAUCUCACAGUGUGCACCGGGUUUUACACACAAAAACUUCAAUUUGCAGCUAAGUAAUUACCAGGAUAUAUUUGUAUUAUUAGAAAGGAUGUGUUUAUUUUUUAACACAUUGUUUUGUGUUAUCCUAUUUAACACAUUAUGUGUCAUUUCGUGUUUAUUUUAUGUUCAAAUAAAUAAAAGGGGCAACACAAAGUGUGUUGUUCAAAAAAUAACACAGAGAUGUUUGUUUAAUCAACUCAGAUCAAGUCAUGUCAACUUACUAUUUUUUAUCUUGAUGAGAUGAGUUGCUACAACUAGUAAAAUAAAGUUGACUUGUUUCAACUAUAAUUUAUGUUAUAACAACUGAUCUCUAGUCAAGAUAAAUAUCGUAAUAGUAAGUUAAAAUGACUUGAUCUGAGUUGAUUAAACAAACAAAAAAUAUAUAUUUAUACGAGCUUUCAUUUAUGAAAUGUGACUUUUUGCAAAGCAAAACUGUUGAAAUGCAUAAAAUAGUUAUAUUUGUAUAAGUUGUUUAAAAAUACUCACAUGCACUUUUAGUUUGUAUCUUUGCUUUAUACACUGAAGACCUGAAGACAUGAUCAAAUAAUUUGUAAAUAUGUGUAACAAUUUAACAUUUGCAGUGGACUGUGUAAAGACUGUACUGUGUAAUAACAUACAAAUCAAAAAGUCUGUCUGAAUCUGUUGUUCUUACAGCUGUCUGAAUGAAGAAGUUUAACAUCUUAUAAAUAGAGGCAUUUAAUAACAGCUAUUGAUUUGAAUCUAUGUAGUUAUGCUUAACAGUAAAGGAAGAGGAAGCUAGAAAAAUGUCUAGUUUCAUUUUUUUGUCACAGAUCAACUGAAAUCAGAUUUCCCUGAUAUGUCAUUCAAAUGUUUAGUGUGAAGUUUAUUUUCUUAUUAAACUGUUAGUGAUG